AUGUUGAAUGACUGGCCGACCAAUCUUCGCCACGACAAGGACAGCAUACGACUCUAUCAAGAGCUGCUCAACAGGGUCGAUGUACUCAAGAUCCCCAUGCUGUGCGUCAGGGUACACAGAGACGGACCCAGCCUGCUCACUGUUAAGCCGAAGAACUUAGUCCGACAGUGGAUGACUCCUCUUCCUGGCCUGGACCUUCGUCCACACAUGCCCUCCACUUUUGUUCGAUCGGAUAGUUUCAUGAAGGACGUUAAAGAUGCCAUGCUGAAAGGAGACACAGAUGCGCUUCUGGAUCUCUACGUCACUCAUUACAUGACCAAGAAUCGAUUAAACGAUAGACAUGACGCCCAAAAGAUAAUGAAA